AUGUCUCUAUCUCAGGCGCAGUUUAUGAGUCUAUAUAUUAUAUAUCCUGUGUCUAUGGAUACGAGAUACGAGGCGAAAGCGAGUAGCCAGAAAGAAGCAAGCUCGCAGAUCGCAGUACGACUUAUUGGGACAGUCAUGAACAAAGAGGAGCAUGAGGUAAUAGAUGAAUGCAAAGGAAAGAAGACGCCUGAAACAGCUGAAAAUGCUCAGGUAGAGGAUGCCGAGAAGGCCUGUCCAAAGUCAGACAGUACCACGCAACAACAAGAUCCUAAGAUUAAUACUGACAGUAUAAAUUCUGGCAAUAACGACAUGGAUAAACCAGUUCCGAUGGAGGUGGAAUGCGAUCAGGGAUUAAUUAAUCAAUUACACAAUGAUUCUAUUGAUUUUACUGCUGAUAUCAGCUUAGAUCAGCUGGAUACACAGAAGGAAGUGACAGAUGAAGAUGUGAUGCAUCAUCUGGAUGUAAUAGAAAAUAUUGAAUUGGAUCCUGAAACCUUUGGUAUAGAUCAGUCAAUGAAAGAAAUUACGCAAUCUUCUCUUGCAAUAGAAAGAGACGAGCAGGAGCAAGAUAAAGAAGAAAUAACAGUGAUUGAUGAUGAACCUACAGAGCAAAAGUGGUAUGAAGAAAAGAUUGCGGAGAAAGGUGCACUUCUGAAAGAGAGAUUGUCGAAAUUAGCGCGAGUGUUAUCAGUUUCUUAUCCUCAUUAUGAGAAAUGGCUGGAAAGGAUAGAGAGGAUAGAGGGAUCUCCUAUAUGUAAGAUAGCUCCGCCUCGACGUUGUUCAUUAAUUAAUCCACACACCAAUCGUUGGAAGUUUCUAUGUAGUAAGAAACAUAUACCGAUCCCUAUAAAGGAAGAGGACAAUCCAGGUUCUUCUAAUAAAAAAUGUUUCAAAGUAGUCUGGCAUCUUGAACCAAUGGGAGCAGGAGGUGUUAAUACUGAUAAUUUGGCGGAAUUUCCAUCAUUUGUAUGGAGAUUAAUAAAGUCUCUCCUGGAAAUAUUUGAAGAUUUUCUUCAAACAACUAUACCAAGUCAAGACGCAAUAACUUUUAAUGAAAAUCCAUCAGAUGACACAUUUAUGGAUAUUAAUAUAAAGAAAGAUCCAGUGCAGGAUAAAAAACAACAGUGGUCGUGGUUAUUAGUACGUUGCAAUAAUAAGGAUGAGCUCAUGCUCUUUGCAACUGGAAAGAAUAUUAAUCGCAACACCAUGGAUCGUUUGAAGCAGAUGUAUGAAUCUGGUUCGGGAAAGAAUUGUAAUGUCAAAUCCCUUUAUUGCAAAUCGAUAAACAAAUACGAUGAUAAAGCUGUUACUACAUUCUUAGUGGGAGCAGAGGCUCUAGAUGAAAUCGUGGGUGAUUUAAAACUGCGGCUUACGCCAAAGACGAAUUUUUGGUCUAAUGCUGCUGGUGCGUGGAAUGUAGCUAAAACAGUCGCUGAUAUGCUUAAACCGACGCCAAGAACAACUGUACUUGAAGUCGGUUGUGGAAUUGGUGUGAUUGGACUUACAAUAGCAUCUAAAUGUCGAGAAGUGAUAGGAAUUGAUUCACCUUCGGAGAUAGAAGAAGCUGAAGUGACUUGCAAUCUGAACAAAAUAUAUAAUAUAUCUUUCAUAAUGGGAUCUCCGUUCGAAGUCGUGAAUAAGAUAAAUGCUGCGCGUGACUUACACAAUAAAAAUCGCGUGACUUACAGCAUAAUCAACGCAAACACCAAUAUGGGUAGAGCCAUUGAAGUAAUGACAGCUUUACGAAAAAUCACGUCUCUACGACGUAUCGUAAUGGUAACCCCAUUGACGAAACAAUCGGUCCGAGCAAUAUUAGAACUUGCACGGCCUAUAGAAGGUGAUCUUGGUCAUCCCUUUAUGCCAAUUCGUGCAUGCGUCGUCGACACAUUGCCCAACGGGCCCCAUUUCGAUGCAGUUAUUCUAAUGGAACGUAGAUACAUGCAUAGACUCACACAGCCGUGGUUCCUCAAAAUGUUGGAGGAGGAAAGUAAAUCAUUAAAUAAUACAAAGGAAUUGGAGAAAAUAAUUAAUAAUGAUGGAACUGAAAGUUCUGAUGUACAAUUAAGGAAGAAUCCAUUAGCGAAAGCCGAACUUGCGAAAAAAUCCAAACUUUCACUCGCAAAAAAGACAACUUUCACGAAAAGCGGUUCAAGUUCACCGGUAAAGGGUAAAAUAAAAUUGAAACGAGAUCAUUCGCCCGAGAUAAUAGAAAUAUCUAAAAAAGUGUCGAAGAAAUUCGAAAAACCUGGAUUUAAAUCAUGGCAACAGGAUGUUACUGCUAAGAAAAAGAAUUGGCUCGGUGAAAACUCGGCACUUCGUAUUAAUCCGUUAUUCGAGAAAAAGAUCAAAGAGAAUAAAGAACAAACUGAUUUAAGGAAAAAAUUGUCGAGUAAUCGUAUUGAUGCAGACUUAAUACAAAAGGUGAAUCAGAGUCGAGAAAUUCUCGAAGCAGCGAAAGAGAAAUUAAGCGGUCCAUCUCCUACAGUUGACCCAACGACCGCUAAAGAAAUAAAAAAUGUCUUGAGUUUGGUUCUCGAUCAGACCAAUAAGCUUCAGAAUCAAUUGCCACGUUCAGUGUGGGAUCGCAUCGCGCCACCUGAAACCGAUCAGAUUCAGAUAAAGAAGGAUCUUGAUGAUGAUCCGCUAUUGAAAGGUCGAUUUGUACAAGAAACUCGUGCUCAGGAUAUCGUUAUCACGGCGGCGAACAAGGAAUAUUUAGAAACUGAAGAUGCUAAACCGAAAUUCAAGAAAUAUCACAAUUUGGCACCGCUAGAACCAGAUAUAGUGAUGCCGAUGUCGGCAAAAUCGUCCGAUAAUAGAGGUAGGCAACAAAAUCAAGAUAAUUCUUGGAAUAGAAACAAAAAUUUCGAUAAAAAUCGCUGGAACGACGCGGGAUCUAUGAGGAAGCCGGUAGCUUCCCCGAUGAAAAGACAGGAUUUAUCAUUUAGACAUCGAACAUCACCGUCGAAUAAAUUUUCACCGAAGCGUCCAUUAUUAUCGCCACCGAGACGCCCGUGCUCGCCGCCUAGGAGACAUCUUCCUCCGGAUAGGCCAUACGAAACACGCAAUUCUCCUUCGCACCGUGAAUACUCUCCUCCGAGACGGCCAGCAUCGCCGUUAAGGCACGUGGCAUCGUCCGGUGGUAGACUCCAAGUAACGCCACCGAGACGUCCGUUCUCACCGCUUAACCGAGCUAUGUCUCCGCCGAGACGGCCAAUGUCACCGCCAAGACCGCCAAGAUCUAUGACUAGCCGACCGAUGUCACCCAUACGACGUCAUAUGUCGCCGCCGAGAGUACAGUUGUCUCCACCGAGACGACAAAUGUCGCCGAUAGGAAUAUAUGAUUCAUCUGCGAGAGAGAUGUCUCCCAUGAGGAGACCAAUAUCCCCCAUAAGACGGCCGAUAUCGCCUAUGGACCAUCAAAUGUCUAUAGACAGGAGACCCGUGUCGCCGGUCGGUAGAAUGAUAUCGCCGUCAAGAGACAUGAUGCUUCCACCAAGGCAUCACUCGCCCAGCAUGAGACGCUUCUCAUCGCAUCGAAUGCCUGGUGUCGCGUUAUCGCCUCCGAGGCGACAGCAGUCCCCGCCGAGGCGCCAGAGCCCGCCACCGAAUAGAUUCGGGGACGAAUGGGAUAUACCGAGCCGCGGCGCUAUCGAACAGAGUAGCACCUGGCAACGAUCCAUUAAUGAUAGACCUGAGAACGUUUGGCGUAACGAGAGGCAACCGACAACGAGCGGAAACUGGCAAGCUUUGUCCGACAAUGAUAGAUAUCGCAAACUGGCUAACCAAGAGAAGUCUUGGGACGCCAGAGAUACCUCGUUUCACGGAAAUUCGUGGGGCCCUAAGCAAUCGCUCGCGAAACCUGGUAUGAAGGAACCAUGGCAGACUUCGGACAAUAGAUGGUCCGGUCCCUCCAGGUCGGGAAUUGGCGGCGAAAAUUGGAAUCGCAAGGAAAGUUUGGGUGGUCGCGGCAAGGAGCCUUGGAUGAAUACGGACAAGUCGCGAUCAUCAUGGGAACAAUCUAACGACUCCUGGAAUCAAGGAGACAAAGACGAUUGGAAUGAUUUGCCGGAAGACGCACGAGAUCCCUGGGGUGACGAGAGUAAUCUCGGGUUGAAGGAAAGAUGGAUGAAUCUCGAUAAUCAGGGCGUCUCAUCGUCCGGUUGGUCGAGAGAGGCCGACAAAGGGGAUCCGUGGACAAAGUCUAAAGACAAUUGGCAAAACAAAUCGCAAGCUUUUCCGGCAAAACAAUCAUGCCAAAACAGCGGUAAUCUGAACAUAAACGAAUCGCGCUGGUUACCUCUGAACGAUGUGACUAAGAAAGUACCAUUAUCGACCAAUUGGCAAGGAGGUAACAAUGUUGCAGCAUGGCAGCCAUCGAGCUAUAACUUUCCAUCACAAUCGCAACGGCCCUUUAUGACCAAUUCGUUUAAGGAUCGGCGUUAAAUAAGAUAUUUUGAUGUUACAUCGAGUUAAUAAUGAUUUAGAUUUCACUUUUAGCUAGCUGGAAAACGUUUCAAAUUAUGACAUCUAGAAACAGAAAUUUCUUUUUGGAUCUACAGUUUAAUUUACAAUUUCUUACAGUAACAAAUACGUGUUGAUGAGUUAAAUAGGAUUAUGUAAUUGCAAAUUAUAUGUGUUAGAAUAAUUGUCUCUGUUUAAUUGUGAGUUGCAUUGUGGUUUUGUGAAAAUGACAACAGUGCUUUUCUGUAUUCCACUCUUGCUUUAAGUGAUAUUCAUUAUAGUGAUACAAUUUAUUUUUAACAAAUUAUUUCGUUAAACAUUUUUUUUUUUCUAUCAUAUUCUUUUUCUGUGGGUAACAAUCGAUUGUAUUACUUUUAAAGACACAAAAUAGGCUGUAUGCUUAUAAACGUUGUACAUACAUCAUUUUGCAUAAACAAAGUUGAUAUAUCUAUAUGUAUGUAAUAACAGCCGAAUGUAUCUCCCACUGAAGUAUUUCUGAAAAUAAAUUGCAUUGGAAUUUA